UUAUCGCAUAUCUUUAGUAUAUAAUAUCUUCUCUAACUGAUGUCUCAUCGCAUACGUUGUUUGCAAGUGUUACGAUUGUGAUACGAAAUAAUAAAUCAAUAUGAAGGCUGUUAUCUUAGUCGCUUGCUUGGCCGUUCUGGCCCUCACCAAUGCCGCCUCCCUGGAGAAAGCCAGUGAGAAGGUCUCUCCUCGCUACAACCUGAUCCUCGGUAACAUCAACUCUGCUGACCGUCUGUUGUACAGGGGCUACUACUCAAAGGGAGCCAUCGCAAACGCCGUUCAAUACCAGGACAUAACCUUCCGCGGCGCCACUGCCAACACCAGGAUCUCAGCCAUCAGGGCCUUGGAGGUCGGAUACACCCAGUACGCGAACGCCUUCCUCCUAUCUGGAGGCAUUGGCUGGAACACAGCCACCAUCAGACUGCAGACAGCUCGUGGAUACGGCUACUACUACCAGGUUGAAUUCUGGGGCCGAUGAAAAAAGAAGCCGACAAAUUUAAAAUGAACGAAAAA